AUGGUAGCACCAUGUUGGACACGACCUUCUGUGAAAGGAGAACAUUCAAACAGAAAUGGAGAUGUUAAUGGAAGAUGUGAUGGUCUUCUUUGGUAUAAAGAUUCUGGUAAUCAUGUUGCUGGAGAGUUUUCAAUGUCUGUGAUUCAAGCUAAUAAUCUUCUUGAAGAUCAUAGCAAGCUUGAGUCUGGACCCGUUAGUAUGUUUGAUUCGGGUCCUCAAGCUACUUUUGUUGGUGUUUAUGAUGGUCAUGGAGGUCCUGAAGCUGCUCGCUUUGUUAAUAAACACCUGUUCGAUAACAUCAGAAAGUUUACAUCAGAGAAUCAUGGAAUGUCUGCAUCUGUUAUAACGAAAGCGUUUUUAGCUACGGAAGAGGACUUUCUUUCGCUUGUGCGGCAGCAAUGGCAGACGAAACCACAGAUUGCUUCUGUUGGAGCUUGUUGUCUGGUAGGGAUCAUAUGUAGUGGAUCGUUGUACAUUGCAAACGCGGGGGAUUCUCGGGUUGUACUAGGAAGACUGGAAAGAGCAUUUAAAGUUGUCAAGGCCGUUCAAUUAUCGUCCGAGCACAAUGCAAGUCUUGAAUCUGUGAGAGAGGAAUUGCGCUUGUUGCAUCCAAAUGAUCCUCAGAUUGUCGUCUUGAAACACAAAGUUUGGCGUGUCAAAGGUAUUAUACAGGUCUCACGGUCGAUUGGUGAUGCCUACUUAAAGAAAGCAGAAUUCAACCGAGAACCGCUAUUGGCAAAGUUCAGGGUACCUGAGCUUUUUCAUACACCAAUCCUUAGAGCAGAGCCUGCAAUUACAGUACACAAAAUCCAUCCAGAGGAUCAGUUUCUUAUAUUUGCAUCAGACGGUUUGUGGGAGCACCUAAGCAAUCAGGAAGCUGUUGACAUUGUGAACACUUGCCCGCGUAAUGGAAUUGCGAGGAAGCUCAUAAAAACAGCUCUUAGAGAAGCAGCAAAGAAGAGAGAAAUGAGAUAUUCGGAUCUAAAAAAGAUCGAUAGAGGAGUGAGGAGACAUUUUCACGAUGAUAUAACGGUCAUAGUUGUGUUUCUGGAUUCGCAUCUCGUCAGUCGCAGUGCUUCACGCCGACCUCUUCUCUCCAUCUCCGGUGGUGGUGAAUUGGCUGGACCUUCUUCUUCUUGA